UGGUGUAUCAAAGGUGUAUGUGUUGAUGAUGGUUCUCCACUUAUUGACGGGAAUUGGGGAGCUUGGUCUAAUUACAGUGGCUGUACUAAGCAGUGUGAUAUUGGUGUAGCAUAUCAAUUACGAACAUGUGAUAAUCCGAGGUUUGUAUUGUUAGAUUUAACUAUACAUAAUACAUGGUGUAACAAAAAAGUAGACAAUUCUAAAAUGGCCACUAACUGAAAAUUUUGCAAAAUUAUUGAAAAAUUUAUGUGAAUAUGGGUAUUUCAGUAUCUUUUGAUUUCUCUAACAUUAAAAUUAUUCUAAAAUUCGCUGUCCGACCUAAACCUGGACUUUUUCCAUUUUGCCAGAAGCUAAAACGGCAAAAAAUUCAAGUUUCAGAGCUCGGGUGGUGGACUUAUAUGAAUCAAAUUGUCUGUUGUACUUUGAUAGUACAAUUUAUACCAUACUAAAAUGUGGUUUUUAAAAAUAGUCUUCAUGCAAUCGAAAAUUCCAUUUUAAGAUACAUCAAAUUGUGAGUAUUUGAUAGUUCAUAAAACAGCGUGCAAACAUCCACCCAACGAAUUCAAAUAUUUUAAACCAUUUGUGUGCGCAAGCUAUAGUUUGGUGCCAUUUUUUUAUAUUUUCAGUGUCAGAAAUAUUAUUAAUUCGGAGCAACUUUUGACAUUUUUAAAAUUGUGCAAAAAGAAACGUUUUGUUCUUAUUAAAUUUGCAUUCUUUUUACACAAAAGGUUUUACAUUAUGGAAAGGUUGUUCUUUAUUUUAUGAAUGUUUUCAAUUUUUUUCAUACGGUAAUACUAAAAACAUCAAUUCUUAUGCAAAAUACUGAAAUGGAAUUCAUUCUUCGGACUCGUGCUGUUUUCAUAACAUUUGCACAACUCACUCGUACAUGUUUGUUUCCAAAUUGCACUCGUCAGUAUAAGUAAGCCCAACCAGCGCGUCAGUAAAAGAAAAAUAAGGAAAAUACUUUUGGUGAUCACUUGCCACUUGGCAAUAAUUAUUAUUUAUAUAGUCCUCAAAAUGGCGGUGAAGAUUGUGAAGGGAGUUUCCGUGGUAAUUACAAGACAUGUAACACACAGGUACUGUAUGCUACAAAUUUUAAAAGUAGCAUUCUUUCCUUCGAAAUGAACACAUGUUGAUAUUGUUGAAUAACUUCACCACUUUACCUCAUACAGGAAUGCCCAGAAAAUUCAGUUUCUUUCCGUCAAAUGCAAUGCUCAGCAAAAGGAGAAUACUCAGAAUAUAUUGUUUCUUCAGGUAAGGAAAUGCACGUCCAUCGAGUUGAAUUCAAAAGCAAAACUACGAAAGUAAUUAUUGGCCUUUGGCAUGGGAAGUUGUGUGAGUAAGCACUUUUCACUUCAGCACAUUUUACAAAUUCUGUUGCAGAUCCUUGUUCACUAGUGUGCAGAUCAGGCUCCAAGAUUUUCUGGUUAGGUACAACCACAGACGGAACAAGAUGUUCUAACAAAAAAGAAGACUUAAGUGUUUGUAUUGAAGGCCACUGCAAGGUAAUGGGCAUCGCUGUAUGCUUCUAUUUUUGUUGGUUUCUGACGAUUUCUUUCGUUACUUUUAACUGAAUCAGUCCGUACAAUAUUCCAAAAGGUUCAUUCGCGCUCAACCGUGUCCCCAUAUGCAAACCCUGCUUGGUAGUACGGCCCUUCGUAUACACCCUGACCACUGCAGAUUAAGCGGUGUUCAUAUCUUUAUUACUCUUUGUCUUUGUACCUGGUACCCAGAGAUUCUUGAAUACGGAGUUGUAUUCAAUGCACAAUGACAAAAGUGAUAAAAGACGUAAACAUGAUUCGUAUGGAACAUAAGAUUUUUCUGUUUCGUAUGCGCAGGAAGUAGGGUGUGACUACAGCCUUGGUACUGGAAGACGUUUCGAUCGUUGUAAAGUUUGUGGAGGAGAUGGCAGCUCAUGUGCAUUAAAUGUUGUCAACUACACCAAACCACAUCGGGGAUACGGUAAGAACAUUGUAGUAGCUUAAUAAGAAUAACCGGAUGUUUUUAUAAAUUUAAUGACUCGAUCACACCGAUUCCCUCCAUUUUGCAUUUUUCAGGGGGCCAGGCUCCAGUGAAGCGCUCUCCAUCUAAAGGACUGUUCCUCAUGGGCCAUUGUAAAUCAUGGGCCAUUGCAUGCUGUUUCACUAGCUCUGCUAACGAUAUCCUGACCAUUUCGUUUCUGCUCGCAAAUGAUUAGUAUCUUGUUCUAGUUCUCGUAGAACAAGCAGAAUCUCCAUGCCAAUUGCGCAAUGAAGAAUCUUGUUGGUUUUUCUCCCUUUUCAUGCCACAGUGCUCUACUUCGUACUAUAACACCCUAUGCUAGCUUCUUUGCCCAAAAUUUCCUUAUAGCAUUCUUUUACGUGCUUUAUGUCAAUUAGGUCUUAUUAAGAUUGCCACAUCUCUGGCGAAAGUUGAGCCAAAGCUCCAAUAGGCUUCGGUCUCUUCUGUUCGUCCUUGUCUGUAUUGAAACUUGGUUAAACAAUACAAUCCUUGAUGCAGAACUACUCACAGGUUUCAAUAUUUUUCGUCGGGACAGGACGGGGAGAAUUGGCGGCAUGCUACUCGGCGUUGUGACUUCGAAAGAGAUGGCAUUGAACUUGCUGUAGUUCAACUCGAUCAGUAAAGCGAACAAUGAACCAGCAAUUCUUUAUGUGUAUUACCGUCCUCCCAACUCCUCUCCUGAUGCCGGUCUCAGUCUUUUAAACAACUCCAUAGCAACUAACCCGGAGACAUGUUGCAUAAUCCUAGUUGGUGACUUUAAUAUUCCUUCUAUCUCCUUGUCAGACAGCCCAUCAACUCCUAUUAACACUGGUGGAUGCUCUAAUGGUGAAAACCUUUGUGAACUUAUCGGCAAUAAUUUUCUGUAUCAGUUCGUGGAAGGUCCAACCCACCGUGCUGGAAAUAAGCUGUUUAAUAAGCUGUUUAAUAAGCUGUUUUGUAAUCGUACCGAAACCCUGUCCGACGUACUAACUCUCUCCUGUGAUGAACAUAACUUUCCGACUGAUCACUAUACUAUUGAAUUCCUUAUUCGCACGAAGUUCAGAAAAGCAAAACCUGUGCGGCGAACAGUCUAUGAUUGCAACCGAGCUAUCUUUCCCGAACUUUGUAAAGCCUUGUCUCAAACAGAUCUUCAUGCAUCUCUUUUGGACAACAGUAAUGAUUGUUGGAAGCAUUGGAAGGAUUUAUUUUCAUCAGUUGUGUCAAGUUAAUACGUUCCGACCAAAGUUGUAAGGGACACCAACUCUCCUCCCUGGAUCGAUGGAGAAGUUCGCCAUCUAAUCCGAAAAAAGUACACCGCCUUACGUAAAUAUCGCCUGAACGUAAGGUUAAACUCCGGACAUUGUGUCAGCAAGUCAAGAAUGUUAUUCGAAAGAAACAUAAAAAGUAUUUAGACAAAAUGAAGUUUCAUUUAAAGAAAAUCCGAAACUGUUUUGGAAUUACCAUAAAGCGGCACUCCACCACCGUUCAGCAUUGAAUCCUGUCAUCUUACACAACAAUGAGACAGCGAUGAUCCCAAAACAAAAAGCAGAACUUUUUAAUUUAUACUCUAGCUCCGUUUUUCGACCACUUAAUUAAAGCUUUAUCUAUCCCUGAUGAUUCACCUCUCUUACUGUCGCCUGUGGAAAAAAUUGUCAGAUAAAACUGUCUCGGAAGAAGAAGUUGCCCAUCAUCUUGCACACUUCGAUCCAACUAAGGCAACAGGCCCCUAUGGUAUUCCUGCUCGGGUAUUGAAGGAAUACAGUUAUCCCAUUGCCCGAAGUCUUAGCUCACUCUUUAAUCAUUCAUUGCAUACUGGUACUGUUCCAUCUGAAUGGAACUCAGCUGAUGUUUCACCAAUUCAUACAAAAGAUAAGAACUAGCUAUCAACCACCGUUCAAUUUCACUGCUAUCUAUCAUCAGCAAAGUCUUGGAGCGAUGCGUUUGUAAUCGUUUCUACGAAAAUAUCCGAGAUUCGAUUAACGAAGCUCAGCAUGGAUUCCUUCAUGAUCGUUCUUGUGCUACACAGCUUCUUUCAACGUUACAUCGUAUUGUACAAUUGCUUGACAAACUUGAAAAUUGCUUGACGGACAUUAUAUUUCUUGACUUCGCUAAAGCCUUCGACUCAGUGGAUCAUGUUAUUCUCUUAAGAGAGCUGAAAGAUUACGGUAUCCCAGUAAACCUUGACAGAUAGUUAUCUGACUACCUACAUAACCGUACCCAGCGUGUUGUUGUAGAGGCUGCUGCUUCGUGAUGGUCCCAUGUCACUUCUAGCGUUACACAGGGAAGCAUCUUGGGUCCAAUGCUUUUCUUACUCUUCAUUAACGAUCUUGCGCACUCUGUAUCUUUCGCUCGUCAAGUCACAAUUAUGCUAUGCCAUACAGAGGUCUGGUCUCCCUCCCAAUAUAAUAACAAAUUAAAUCUGGAGCAAGUCCAAAGGCGUGCAACAAGAUGGAUCCUUCAAUCGAAGAAAGGUGGCAUGACCUACAAUAGCCUGCGUGGCAGGCCCUCAAUUUUAUGGGGGCCUGAUUUGCAGCGGGCAGGAUUUUGCGGGCACGGGGGAGGAUUGAGGGCCUGCAGGAAAGCCACCUUUCAUGACUACACGCCCCAGUCAUAACAUAAUUAAUGGCUUUCUAAAAUUGACCAAUAAAAAUUCAGCUGCUAUUGGGGAAAACCCUGGCCCGAAAGAAAUAUGUUCGCUUGCACGUAAACAUGCCAAUCAAACAAUAUUGCGAAUAAUUAAACUGACAAUGACACUCCCGACGGUUUUUAAUACAGUAUUGCAGAUUUUGUAAAUGUUGUUUUAAAUUAAACAGCAAUUCGGCAACUUUAGUAAAAUUGUCCAAGUUUCAUCACAAAAACCAUCACAAAGAAAACAAUCUUUCGGAAUUGUGCUCUCAGAUUAUAUGUGACAAAAAUGCUAAAAGUAACGGAAUUAAAAUCUUCAGUUAAUGCACUACACGAGAAGUUUCAACACCAUUACCAGCCCAAAGAUGUAGAAACAUCAGGAAAGCGUAAACUGUUAACUCCUGACCAGCUGACCGUGGCGCUAGUCCAUUCAACCAAACUGAAUCAAAUCGCGUUUGUUCUCCGCGAUGUUCUCCGGGUAGUAUGUCUACGUAGAACUGAAUCGAAAUCUGCGCGUAAAAAAUUGAUCUCACUGGCCAGUCAUCAAGAAAUAGCACAGGUACUGCAGACAACGUGGAUGUAAAUACUGAUUCUGACGAUGUACUAAGUAAGCUCAACAUCGACGGUUUGAAAACGUGUGAAGGGCGUUCGUCACUUAAAUCAUUAAGUGCUUUAACUGCUUUUAGUUCAUCCGAAUAGGAAUAUUGUGACGCGAAACCCUACAAACGAAAAGACAGUCCAAAUAAUUAGAAAUCUUGUUGUUUGUGGCUGGACCACCCAGUGAUAAACGCCCUUCACACGUUUUCAAACCGUCGAUGUUGAGCUUACUUUUAUAUAGUACGUUAAUUGUUUGCAGUAUCCUGUGUUAUUUCCUGACGACUGGCCAGUGAGAUCAUCUUUUGUAUCGCUGCUGAACAAGAAAAAAUAGCCACGAUGUUCAACAGUUCAAGAUUACAAAGCUGUUAAGAUUAGAAAGUUGAUAAGUAUCAAGUUUAGAAAGUUGAUAAGCAACAAUAUUGAAAUCAACAAAUACUGUACUACGGUUUUUCACUGUCUUGGUAUUGACCAAUCAGGUGAUCGUAAUAUUCACCGUUCAGAAUCUGAACGGCGUGUAGUCAUGAAAGGUGGGCUUUCCUGUUGGCCCUCAAUCCUUCCCCGUGCACGCCAAAAUCCUGCCCGUUGCAAAUCAGUCCCCCCAUAAAAUUGAGGGCCUGCCAGGCUCUGAAUCUUUUACCACUGGCGUUUGACAGGAAAACUAAGGAUUUGACAUUUACGUUGUUUAAAACUUUGCAUGGUUUUUAUGAUUUGGAUGUUUUUGAUUUUGUGUCAUUUGUUAAUUAAUUAUAGCCGUACCCGUAAUUGUAACAAUCCUUCUCUAGUGCUCAAAGUACCGUCAUGUAAAAGUAUCACUUUUCAGUCAUCGUUCUUUAACCGUAUUGUUCCACUCUAGCUGGAAUCAUACAGUACUUGCAAAAUUGCUUCUCCUGGAGAUCUUCGCAGUUUGGCAACGUUUAAAUCCUUCUUAUCAAGAACAUAUUUCAAUUUAUUAAGUAGUAUAGUUUUGAUGUUGACAUGUGCUGUACGUGGUCUUUGUAUCGUAGCUGUUCAUGCCAUAGAAAUAGUUAAUUCUGAUGUAAACAUAUAUACCAGCUCGUCGUGUCAGGUUUUGUUUUAUCCUGAUUCAGCUUUCUAAUUUUUAACAUGAUUAUACAAAUACUGUAUUAUGCAUGAUUAUUUAAAUGUGGUGCAAUAGCGUCCUUAUUUGAGAUAUUAAUCAGCUGCUAUAUGUUUACCAAUUUAUAUAAUAUUGUCGUAAAUAAUGAUAUAAGUAAACAAAAUUCAAGAGGGAGAGUGCCUCGUAUGGGUCUUGAGUCCCGUUUACAAUCUUGCCGUUUGAACAUCGCUCAAUAAAGCUGUUAAAACUAAAACUAAAAAAAACGUAGAAGUAUCUCAGUUGUUAUCAUUAUAGUGUGCUCUGGAGUAUAUUCAUCGAUAAGGAUAUAAUAAAAUAAAUUUUCGAUAUAUCUCGCUAAAAUAUAUAGUAACCACAACAUAAUAUCUGUUUAUUAAUUUACAUAUUGACAUUUUAACAUAUAUAAAAUUAUAUUUACAUAAUUACAACAUGUAGAGGACCAAACUAGGUCAAUUACGUAUAUUUAAUGGUAAUAAAGUUAUCGAAACGUUCAGUAAAGGUUCUCACAGUUCCACUACUAUUUGAUCUACGUAAAAAAUAAUCAUGUUCGUUAAAGGACCGGGAGGGUCGGAUUAUAUUAUACACUGGAUUGUUAUUACAUGCUUUCCUCUGGGUAUAGAGUUGAUAAAUCUCUGACAUAACUCAUCUCUUCGACAUUCCAAGGUUUUGAGCUUUGAGGUCUGCAAUGCUUCAUAAUAAGAUAUGUCAGGGUAUAUAAUCUUAAGUGCUCUUUUUUGGACCGACUCGAGAUGAGAAGAUAGGUAAUCAGGAAGAGCUGCCCAUACUGGGGAUGUAUACUCGAGUAAUGAGCGAAUAACUCAGCAGUAGAUGAUUAUAAGAUCAGUGAGACCCAGGCUUUCUUCAAAAAUCGGAGGGCAAAGACAUCCAAUUAAGCUUAAAGCUGUGUACUCUUUCAACGCAUUGUCCAUUAAUGAACAUAGAUUGAUCACAUGGAAUUCGGUAUUGAAGAAAAUUUAUAAUAAUUUCUUUACAUUUUUGGGAUUAACCUCCAUUCCACGAGCGGAUGAGAAUUUGGAGAUUUCUUCGACAACUAAAGGCAAUACACUAGGAGAGCACCUACUUCCAAUGCUGUUGUAUCAUCGACAAAUCUUAGGCGACCAUUCCAAUCUUUUAAUAAUGGGUUAACCAAGAUAGCAAAUAGAAGAGGACCCAAACAUGUUUCUUGGGGUAAACCUCCAUUGUAUGCUAACCCUGAGCUAGUGCAACAAGAAUAUGUUCGCUUGUAUUUGUCUGAUCUUAGGAAUGCUUCAUGGAAGUUAAUUGUUUGGGCGGAUAUGGCCCUCUGGCAGUAAUCGAACCCCGUAGCUAAGUUGCAUGGAUAGAGCGCUGGACCGGAAUCAUUGGGCCGUAGCCAUACAGUAGGUACCAUUCCUGCCAGAGGGUCUAUAGUUGAUUUUUCGCACCUAUACUUAUAGUAUGCAUGCAUGCAUGGUUGGGUCUAAAGAAAUGAUAAAAUUUACCAACCCCUUCAACUUCGAGAAAUCCGUCUGUACUGUAUGCAUACUUAAAAGAGUUAUUCUUGUAGUUUAAAUCUGGCAAUUGCAGUAUUGUGCUGAAACAGAACAGUUUUGAAAUUUAAAUUAGAAAUAGAAAGACGAAAGAGUAAAAGAACAAAAAGAGAGAAAUUUAUUGAGAAUUACUUUAAUUAGUUUUUGUUUUAUAGGGUAUGAUAAGGCAGAUGUAAUGGUGACGUUACCAGUACAUUCUACAAACGUGGUUGCAGUGCAAAAGGCCGCUGGUUACAAUCUGAUAGGUAUACUAAAAUUGUACAUUCUAAGAAUCGUUUACUGCAUGAUCUCUAAAAAGUGACAGUACUUCAUAGCCUAUUUUAAGUGCAUGCCACUAAAGGUGAAUCAUGAUUUUAGCAUGCAGGUAGGCCAUCCCCUUCCUCACUAUAAGCUAUAGUAGGAUGUAGGUCGAGGGACAAGAGAAUUACUGAAGUGAUAACUCCCCCGCCCCCCGCUCAUCAAAAUAGGAAAAAACAAUGGAGUUGAGGUUUCAUGCCAAUAUAGAGAAAUAAGGCAAUUCACUUGUCGUCGUUACUCGUUAAGCUCCAUUCAAAGGAGUCCAACAUGAAAAUUCUAAAUAAAGCCAAACCCGAUAUAUAAUAUAAAUGUUGGAUGAUGUUGGACCAAUGUUUAAACAUUUAGUAUAUAUAACUAAUACUAACAUUUAUGUAUUGACACUUGACAGACAAUUUUCAAUCGUUUACAGAAUGUCUAACUCGAAGUUUGAAAAUUUAAGGGGUACGCGUCUAUAUAUCCGGGAUGCGCUUAUAUGCGAGGUAAUCGAGUAGCACAAAAACGCACCAAUAACGUUAUUUUUGAAGUACAAUGUAUAUGAGUAUACAAAAAAUAUAGUUUCGGUAGACGUUUUAAUAAUAAUAAUGGAUAAUAAUAAUAAUUUACUAUGACAUUACUAUGAUGGCCCAUAUGCUUUAUCUAUCUGUUCGUACGUCUAUACCGGCAUGUCAUGAGUCCGGUGUGUCUGUGUCUAGUCCGGUGCAUGUGUCUGUGUUUGUCCAAUACUAAAUCUAACCUCUUUUAUCGUUGUAGGAAUUCAAACAACUGAAGGAGAGUACUUGAUUCUCCACCAUACUUGGAGUAAAACCAUUGAAGCAGCUGGCACUACAAUCACAUAUAUCCACGAGGAUAAUAGAUAUCCAGACAGAAUAUAUAUACCUGGACCUACACAAUAUGAGCUUAAUCUUGUGGUACGUAAUUGUUGUACUUAUAUAUGUACUAUACAUGGCAUGAGCGACACAACACAGACGCGAAUGUUGUAAAUAACUUGUGAGAAUAUUCGUAUUCUAAAAAUUUAAAAUAAAUGAAUGAUAUUUGGUGAGAAAAUUGGACUUAAAAUUUAAGUAAAUCAGCAUGAUUUUGUAUACCUCCUUCACGGUAAUGAUUUCUUUUGUGUUUCUCGCCUUCACCUCGAGUAUGUGUAUCAGAUACAACACGGCCGCUCAUGUUGUAAAUAGUAUACAUACACAGGGGCGUAAAUGAUCCAGUCGGUCUCACACUAAGUGCAGUCGGUCUCAAAAUUAUGCGUUUGUUUACACGUGGUGCUUUGCGAUGCAAACUAAAUAUUUAAUACUAGUUUUCGAAACUCUGAGACGUAUCAGACUCAAACUUUUGAGUUGAAAAUUUGCUCAAACGGAAUCAAGCAGCUCAGAAAUAAUAUGAAGAAAUGUUAUCAGUCAAAACCCGCGCCAAGGGAUGAAGUUUCCAUUUACUUAUAUCUAUAUGUCACGAUUUGCACUUUUAUUUGGAAUUUAGGUUCCGCAAGGUCAUUCACGGGUGAUAUUCUAUAUUAGCGAAAAUUUCAAACCCCCAAAUCAUACUCAGCCUCAUAUGCCUUUUGCCGACCAAAGAGUUUUAUAUGCCUACUGCAAUCAAGAAAUUCGAUCAGUGAACGACGCCCUGGUUUAUCUGUAAACACGGAGCGAAACAUUGUUUCCACUGACUAGGCGAUAUUUCCAAUGGUUGCUUACAGUCAGGCUGGUAACUAGGUAUGAGUCAAUCGAGUCGGUGACUCGGUAAGAAUGUUCGUGAAAAAAUUUAAAAUAGGAAAACUCAAGUUCAAUGACAAACUGUAGUUCUCUCCAUGUGAAGAAGAAUUCUUGCCCUACAGUGACGUAAGAAGUGGGAGCCUGGCCCAAUAACAAAAGUGCAGGCCAGCGCCCCAAAUAUUACAACAAUUGGGCACAAACACUUUUUUAUUAUGCAUCUGAUCAUGUUCGACCAAGAAUUGGGACACGGAUUCGGGGCAACUACUACAGUAUAAAAUUAUAAUCCGAUUGUGUCACUGUUUAUGAACUUGAUUUUUCGUUUGAACUGCUCCUAGGAGUGCAGCCUUAGAAAAUCAAAACUUUUCUGGGGGAGCAUGCCCCCAGACCUCCCCCCACCCCAGAAGUGUCUUGGUCAACCAAAAAUCCUAGUUACGCGCCUGCAUGACAGUUCCUGACAGUUUUCAAAGCUGAAAUUAUUGAAAACUGUUAUGCGUUCAGUAAUGAACCGGGAACGUCUCGGUGAACUCUUGACUCUUGCGUGUGAGCGCGAUCUAACAGACACGAUCGAUCUUGACGAAAUCGCUAAUCCGUGGUCAAAACUGACAAAGCGCGGACACUUAAUAAAUACGAUGUCUCACAGCAAACGACGUACUCUUGCAAAAUUCCUAAUAAAUUCCAUGAAUUUCCAUGCUCUGUUCUAAAUUUUAUUGCAACACACCAACUCACUAAGAGUCGGUCUGGAUUCACAUUUCAGUGGUGGGUCGGUCUCAUUUCGUGAUUACACCCCCGAUGACGUCAAAAUCAAUAUGUACGCCCCUGUACAUACAAUGCAAGAUCGGAUGAUCAAGGACUGCUCCACAUCCCGAAAACUAACUGUACUGAGACCUUAGGUGUUCUGUCAUUUGCGCAUGCGGCUCCACAAUUUUGGAAUUCCCUACCUCUGAAUGUGAGGAACUGUGAUAACAUUUCAGUCUUCAAGAAAUGUUUGAAAACAUUCCUUUUUAGUAAGGCUUUUAACCUUUUAUAGUCUAAGACCACGUAUUUUAUCAUUGUUGUUGUAGAUACACUCAUUCCGUUUUCUACUUGAUGAAUUUUUUUUUAGCUUUUCACAAUGUACAGCGCUUUGAGUAUUUUACAUAGACUAUGUGCGCUCUAUUUAAAUGAAUAAAUUAUUAUUAUUAUUAUUAUUAUUAUUAUUAUUAUUAUUAUUAUUAUUAUUAUUAUUAUUAUUAUUAUAAUGCAAUGCAAUGCAUGUCCACAUAACGAAUCUCGUAGUCGUACUCGUAGUAAAAUCUAAUUAAAGCUCUCUAAUACAUAUAUAUGGUGGCAACGGACCAUAAGCAUUAAUUUUACCGGGUGUCCCAAAAAAAACUUGCGGUGUUUGAUUUCAUGUAACGUAAAAACUAUAAAAGCUAUUACACUCAAAUAAGUUUUAUUGUAUUGAGAAAAGGCUAACUUAGAUUUUGAUAUACAGCACUAAAAAUUUCAUGUAAUAUUACGUGAGAUACAAACGUUUGAAUGCGGCGCACGCUUUAAAAAUGAGUAAAAAAUCGAGAAACAUGGCCGACAAAUUUAUAUGAAAAUAAAUUGCCAUUUUCCACAAAAAUUAACAAUUUCAAUUUCAGCAUUUCAACUCAACUUUCAUUUCGGGUAAUGUCCUAAUAUAAGUUAACCUUUCGUGUUUCUUGGGAAGCGAAAUAAGCAUGAAACAUUUAAAAAUGUUCGAAAGCAUAUUUGACGUCCUUUGAGAGUUCGUAUUAUAAAGUUGGUCGUCGUUCGCCUUUCGAAUAUGCCUCGAUUAACAAAAGAUCAAAGAGUUUGGGUUUUAUAUGGUUUCCCGUGCAAGACAUUGUAUACGUGAAAAAGGACAUACUUUCUAUGAUGAAUGAAUAAAUGUUUAUCCAACAAUUAUGUUUUUCAUUCGUUCUUUUGGCCACAAUAUUAAAAACUAUAUAAUCAACUUUAAUUAACCAAAUAAUAUUUGACAGGCAAUUUUAUGCAAAUUUUUAACAUUGUCAAAUAUGCUUAUUCGAUUUAAAACAUCGACAGCUCAGUAAAUAUUGCACGGAUAUUCAAAAGUUAUAUAUCAAAAUCUAAGUUAGUCCUUUCUGAAUACAAUAUAACUUAUUUGAGUGCAAUAGCUUUUAUAAUUUGUAUGUUACGUUAAAUCAAACAGCGCAAGUUUUUUGGGGGACACCCGGUAUAUGGUGAGUAAUAAAUUCUUCCUGUUUUCAGUUCAUCUAUCUUUAUGAGCGCAAUCAAGGAGUGGAUAUCUCUUACUAUGCUCCAACUGGAGUUGUUACCCCUACAGAGAUUGACGUUGAAUGGAUAGUUUCUGAUUGGUCUGCUUGUUCCCGAUCUUGUGCUGGAG